AUGCUUAAAUUAUUUGAACCAUACUACAGAGAAUUGAUUUUCUUACUCUCUUAAUUUUUAAAAUUUGAAUUUACUUAACCUUAGAUAAUAUAAAUCAUCCUCAUAGUUUUAAAUUAGGUGUAACCCAUCUCCUUUAACUUUUAUCAUAUAUAUAACUCAGAAAAAUAAUUUGAACCUACACUUUAAUCGCUGCUUAUUUUAACAAGACCAUACUUAUUUAUUGUUAAUGAACAAUCAAAAACUAUUGUUUUCAGUAUAUGUUUUGCAAUACAAUAAAUAAUAAUACUAACAACGAUAUACAUAAUAAUCUAAUACAAAAAUCAUUAGUAUCAUGAAAUAUAAGUGUCUAAUGUAAUCCUCCGUUAUAUUUGUAAUUAUUAUUAUUUAGUUUCAUCAACAUUUUUUUGUUGGUUGAUAGAAAUAUGUAUAAUGAACAUUGGAGAAUUGUAUGGAAUCAUUUUGGGGAUAAUAAUGUUUAUCGAAAUUGCAUCAAUCAUAAUAUUUUCUGACAUAGUAUAUUAAAGUGGAUUAAUAUUAAGAGUUUCAACCUAAUUACCAUUAAAUAAUAAUUAUGUAAAAUAUUUCAUAAAACCCUUAAGAAUUUUUCAAAUAAUAAUUUUUUUUUUCUUAACCAAUUAGAAAUUGGGUCUACUUUUACAAAAUGUUCUCAUCAUCACAAUAUAAAUUCUGCAUAUUUAUUAAAUAUUAGAAUUAAAAAUUUAUGCAAAACUUAAAUGCGUUUUAGCUUCAAUAAUUAUUGCAUCUUUUGGAAUUAUAAUAUCCAUAGAAUCUCUAAUAAUGUAAAAUAGAAUAAAUGAUAAUUUAUGGCUAUUGUUAUCUCUCAUAAUGAUAUAUUUAUUCUAAUUUAUGCAUAAAGGAUAAUGCUUAUCAUUAUAAUCUGUAGAUUUGAGAAGAUUAAAAUUCCUUUUCUCAUAUGUUGAAGGUCUAGAUGGAAAUCAUAAUAAUAACAAAUUAAAGAUGACUCUUAUAGUUUGUGAACAUCAACAAAUUUGCACAAAAAUUGAAUGUAUUUGUAAAAAAGAUAUGAAUAUUAAAUAAAAAAUACUAUAACUCAUUGAGAUGAAGUUUGAAUUACUUUUAGAGUAGAGAACUAAAAAGAUAGAAUAAUUGACACUUGAUUUAUCUUAGAUAUUAUUUAGAAGAAGACAAUAUGUUAAGGCAUAAUAAGUUAUCUUUAGAGUUGCUUAUUAAAAAGAUAAUUAUUAAAAUAAAUACAACUCAUUUAAUUUAUCUUUGACUACUCUUUGCCUUUUAGACUUUUUAAAAUAUUAAAUAGAGAAUGAUGUCCUAAUUCAAAUGAUGGAAAGAAUGAUUCUUACUAAUCCUAAUAAUAAAUUAAUUGCAGAUUCUUUAAAAUAGUUUUCCAUAAAUGAAAGCAGUGAUCAAUACAUAUAGACUAAGUUAAAAAAGACUAUAUUAGAUAAGAGCCUAUUUUAUUACUAUUUUAUUGAGCAUUCUAAUAAAUUUCAAGGAGAUGUCAAUUAUCCAAUAAAGAUUAUAGGGUAAUUAUAAUAAUUUCGAAUAGAAUUGACUGAGAGAUAUUAGAAAUUUCCAAGUAUGUAUAUUAUGUUUUAUUUAGCUUCUAGCAAUCAAAAUAUUUUAAAGUUUUACUUAUUAGAAGUUUUAAAUGAUUAUAUUGAAGCUUUUGAUUUAAACAAAAAUAAAGCACUUAAUGAUGAAAAAUAUUAACUUUUUCAUGAUUCUGUAUAUAAUAAAUUGUUUGGUUAGAAUCCAUCAUAUAUAGUUGCUGAAAUAAAUAAAGAUCUUGAUGUUAUAAUUGUAAGACAAUCUAAAAAGGCUAUGAAGAAAUUCUAAUAAAUUUAUGGAUCAAAAUGGAAGAAUUCACUUGAUAUUAGUGUUAUUGACUUUAUUCCUGAGUAUGUUUAAAAAUAACAUAGAACACUUAUAGAAUAAUUUUUUGAUGAAGGAACUAAUAAAUAUUAUUAAUAAUAGAAUCUUUCAUUUCUUAAAUUGUUUGAUAAAAUAAUGCUACCAAUAGAAAUGAUGGUGGGUCUUAAUUAGAGUAGUUCUUAGACUUUCUCAUUUCUUAUAUUUUUUUAUGAAUAGAUGGAUUAUAGAUCAUAUUUAGUAGUAAAUUAAUCCUUUGAUAUAAUUAAUUGCAGUGAAAAUAUCAGUUCUUAAAUUUUAGGAAAUAGUUAAUAUUCAACAAGUUUCAUUUCAACCAAGAAUCUUGGAACUAUUUUUAAUAUCAUUCCUGAAUUUGAUUUAAUGAUCUAAUCAAAUGUAAAGAAUUUCUUUAACCAUAAUAUACGACUAUUAAGUUGUAAUACAAAAUAAGCAAGCCAAAGAUUUUUAGACUAUAUCAGUAAUAUAAUUAUUGAGAAAAAGUUUACAAAUGAAAAUAUGUGUUAUAUGAUUACUUUAGAUAACAUUAGAUCAAAUAAUAAUAGAAAUCAUGGAGAUUCUAGAUUAGAUACUAGUAUAUUUUAGAAGUAAUAAACAAGUGACUUAUUAAUGAUUCAUAAAUUAGAUAAAAUGAAAGAAGAUAUAGAAGAAGAUAUUGAAAAAGCUUUUCCUUAUUAAGAAAUAUUCGAUAUAUCUUUAUUUAAGAAAGGAAAUCCACUGAAUUAAAGUGAAACAUAACAUGUUGAGUCUAAACUCUAUAUUACUGAUCUAAUUGUUGAUUAAGAACAAACUAAUCCAAUUCAUUAAAAAUACAGUAAGGCCAAUUAAAAAUUGUUUAGUCCUAAAGAAUCUAUGAAUGAGGAAUUUAUAACUAAAAAAAAUUUUACAUUUUAGAAUGAAACUAGAGAUUUCGUAUCUGGAUCCUCUAUUACUAUGGUUAAAAAAUCAAAAUUUUAUAAAAAAUUUGAAAUCAUUUAUUCUCUUUGUAAGUCUUUGAAAAGUUCUUCAAAAUUGAUCAAAGCUAAUAUAAACUUUAUCCUGUUCAUAGUUUUAAUUUAAAUUUAUGUAAUAAUUGUAAGUAUUUAUUAUUAAAAUAGAAUUUAUCUUUGAUAUCUAAUAUACGUGGUUUUAUUUAAGACAUAAAAUUACUUUCUGUAAGAUAUGAUGUAACAGGACCUUUAGAAUCCUUCUCAGUAUCAAGAUUUACUUAAAUUAAUUAUAGAGAAAUGCUUGGUAGGAAAGUUAUUAACUCUAGUUAUGCAGCAUAAUUAUAAAUAUUUCCAAAACAUUAUUUAAUGGAAUCAUUUGAUAAAAUGAAAAAGAGUAUGGGAGAGGUACUAUUAAGAAGUGAAAUUGAUCAGAUUUCAAAUAUUACUUAUUUACCCAUUAUGUUAUAUGUGAAUAUGAAUAAUACUGGACAGGAAUAUAAUGUUAGUAAACGAUCAGUUAUAAUAAUAACAUUAAAUUAUUAAUAUGAUUUCAAAUUGCAUUUAGAUGGAAUUGGAGGAGGCUUUGACAAUCCAUAUUAUUAUUUUACUUAUAAAGAUUAUCAAAUUGUAAAGUCUAUGUUUGAUAAUUUAAAUGUAAUUAUUUUAGAUAUUACACUUGAGAGAUCAAAUUAAGAAAAGAAAAAAUGGAUGUUUGGAUAUUUUCCAUUUUUGGGUUUGAAUUUUUUAAUAACAUUAUUUAUAAUUUUAUAAUAGAUUAGACAUAGUAAUGAAAAAAAUGCAAUAAUGAAAUAUAUUUCAUCUAUUGAUUUAAAUAUUAUAGAGUAAGAAAAAUUAAGAUUAUCAUAUUUAUAAUAAAUAGUAGUUUAAGAUAUGGAUGUUAUUAAAGCAUUUAUAAUUGAUAUAGAUUAAGUUGAUAAUUAAUUAGAAAAAUCAAAUUUUAAAUAGAAAUCAUUUUUUUCAAAAAAAUCAAAUACUAUACUUAUUAAUAAUAAACCUAUUUUAGGGCUUACACUUAGUAUUGGACACUUUUUACUGUUUGCUGCAUUUAGCAUAUAUUUAUUUUUAACUUUUAGAAUAUAUUUUUUUAAGUAUGAAAAAACAGCAGUGUUUUAUUAAUAAUUAUCAGAUUUAGGAGUUGAUAUACCAGCUGUAUAUGCUUAAAAAGAAAUACUAUUUCGAGUAAAGAUUAGAUAUCCAUUUCUUAAUUAAAGUGAUUUGAAUUAAACAUAUGCAGUUAUUUUUAAUGCAUUAAAUUCAAUUAGUAGAUACUAAUAAUAAAAUCUUAAUUUAAGUAGUACUGAUUAUUUAUUUGAUGAAUAUUUAAUUGAUUUUUUCUCAAUGAUAAAUACUGGUAAUUUAUGUGAGUUUUAGAGUAAUGAAUUAAAAUAGUAAACAUAAUCAUUUUGUCCUUAAGUAAUGUAAGGUAAUUUAGUUCUAGGAUUUUAAUAAUCAUUAAUUUAUAUAUUGAAUUCUGUUAGAGUUCAAUAAUCAGAUACAUAAAAUUUUACAGUUUAACCUGUUUCAACAUUAUUAGAGUUAGAAGGAUCAACAAUUUUAACAAAUAUUAUAGAGAUUAUGAAAGAGUAAUUUUAUAAUAAUUUAGUGGUUUAAGCAUAAAAUUUAAUAUUAAAUUAAUAAGUACAUAUAUAUUAAAUUAUUUUAGUUAUUAUGCAUAUUCUAUUUAAGUUUUGAGAUCAUUUUGGCUAUUUUUUAUUUUACUAAGAUUGAUAAAUAUAAUUAUUAGCAAUUCUUGUAUUUAAAAUAGAGUGUGUAUUUGUUUCCUCGCCAUACAUUAAUUUUUGAUGAUUCAUUUUAUAGGAACUUUAGAAGUAUUGUUAAUGAAGAAAAUCUAUUAGAUUGA